GAAUGCGGGUCCACUCGCAUCGCUGCAAGUCGAGGCACAUAGCUGAAACCAGCGCCUGAAGGAGAAGACGCACACAAGUCAGUCUCCUGUUGUGUCCACACUGGAGACAUUCUCCGGAUCCAUCAAAGCAAUCGUGCACAGAUCUCUUGUCAAAGCGGCUUCUGAUUUUUUUCCCCCCAGCUUGCUUGUUGAACUGCUGCGCGUCUUCACUUUUGGAUAGAAACAGCCAGAUUGUCCUGCGCGCCGCAGAGCGCACCAGAUGUUUUACUUUCUGAAAAGGAAACAUCUCACCAGUGUAGUGCAAUGAAGAACUUCUGAGGUGGCAGCCACUCUCUGUCCACUGUAACGCUUCUUUUUUGGUCGUUGCCAGAGGGUUAGCCCAUGUGCAGGCAUCCCAUUGAGUGCAAUUCUAUUUUCGCCCAGAUCUCUGCUUCCUGGACAAAUGCAUACAAAUGCAUUUAGGAGCCCAACGGACAAGGAGUGGACACGUUUCCGCGGCUGCAACGUGGAACUUUCUCCUGCUCCUGUCAGUAUGUUCAGCAGUAUCUGCAAAAAACAACUACUCUGCUCAAGGAGUGGAUAUUCUUUAUCAGCUGGGACUUACAAAUCAAAGCAGAACAGACAUUUCCAGCAAUGGGACAGCGUCGCCGCAUACAACUUCCACCAAUGGUCCCCAACCUUUGAAUAUCCCAGUUCCUGGAUAUGGGGUGGUUUUCAAUGCAACAUCCCUCUAUGAGAUCCCAGCAAAUAGUCUGUUCCAUUCAGACUUUGGAGUUGAGUUUUCUUUUGUGAUUAGCCUAAGCUCCUGGCGAGCCAACAAUGCUUUUGUUUUUAGUGUCAAAGAUAGCAGGGACAGACUCCGUUUUGGCAUUCAGCUGCUUUCACGGAAGGUAGUAGUCUACACUGCAGAGAAAUCCACAAGCUACUUCAACCAUAAGUGGAAGGAUGGACAGCAGCAUGCUUUUGCUGUUGGUGUCCGAGCGCAGUCAGUGUCCUUCUAUGAGGACUGUGGAGCAGUUCAGCAACGAGAGCAGACUUUGGGGAGGUCUCAGAGACUGGGAGAAUCUGGGAAUCUCUUCACAUUGGGUAGGAUGAACUCAAAGGCAGUUCCAUUUAUUGGUAAAGUCUGCCAGUUAGACAUCUACCCUUCAGCUCAAGCUGCCGCAAACUAUUGCAACUACCUUAAAAAACAGUGCCGGCUGGCCGACACUUAUCGAUCGUCUUUUCUGGGUUCUGGUUUGGAUUUAGAAGCUAAUGACAGCCCAUCUAACCCUUCAACAAUGCCCCCUGUAGGAGUACUAGCUACCCAUCAACAACUUUCCAACAAAGUUCCAACAACAGACCAAUUGUUGCCAAGUAAUCAAGUUAACAUACAGUCUUCAACUCUGAGCCCAAGAACAGAGCUAUAUCCAAGGAAACAAGACCACAUUUUCACACUGAAACCUUCAACCUCCCCGUCCACGUUUUUGUUUGAGCCUAACAGCCUAACACAAGCAACACUAAGUAGACAAGCACAGGGCCUCACCCACAGUAGAACAUUCAGUACAACAAAAAUGGAGUUCGCCAAAGAAAGUGAACCCAAGGCAGAUACGGAUCACACAGAGAUAAGUACAAAGGAAGGGAGAAACUCUAAAAAUCUACAUGUAGAAGAUUUUACAGCCCUUACAUCUCCAAUUAUGCAAACCCAAGCAAUAGAAGGACUCCGGAACAACUUUAGGCACUCUGAUCUCGGGCCUCAACAGACUCACCGAAUUCUACAGUCUCAUCCAAAAGUCAAUGGUACCACUUUGUACAGGGAACACCAGGUGGACUCUUCAGAACAUCAUGGUCUGGACGGCAGCUACGAAGACCAGGACUAUGGAGGAUAUGAUUAUGGAUUUGAGGAGCCAGAAAUAUUUUAUGAGUAUGAAGAUGGUUUGAAUGGUCCCAAAGGAGAGCCAGGCCCUCCGGGUCCUCCUGGUCCCCCUGGUUUACCUGGUCCUCCUGGAAAGAGAGGUUCUAGGGGUCCACCUGGUCCACAAGGAAAACCUGGACAACCUGGACCACCUGGUCCAAAGGGGUCAAAAGGGGAUCCAGGGCUUUCUCCAGGCCAGGCUCCACCUGGACAAAAGGGUGACAGAGGUCCACCCGGCCUACCUGGACCUAAGGGAUUUCCAGGACCACCGGGUCCUAAAGGUUAUCAAGGUGAACCUGGCCCACCAGGGGAACAAGGCAUACCAGGACCUCCAGGGGAGUCAGGAGCUGCAGGUUACCCUGGCAGGCAGGGCUUAGCUGGGCCAGAAGGUAGCCCUGGACCUAAAGGUGUACGUGGUUUCAUUGGGCUUCCUGGCGUUUCUGGUCCACCAGGGCUGGAGGGCGAGAAAGGCAUUCCUGGUCCUGUUGGAAAACCUGGACCCAAAGGAAUACACGGUGUGGUAGGAGAUGUAGGAGAGAGGGGAAGUCCUGGUCCAGAUGGCAACCAGGGGCCUGUUGGUGGGUCUGGUAUUACUGGCUUUCCUGGUUUGAGGGGGGAUCCUGGACCAGAAGGACUAAGAGGACUGCCUGGUAUGACAGGACCUCAGGGACCAGCAGGACACGUCGGGCUGCCUGGAUUGAAAGGUGAUAAGGGUGAAGUGGGUCAAAGGGGUGAGCCAGGAGAGAUGGGCUUCCAAGGUGACAAGGGUGCUGUUGGUGCUCCUGGUCCAACUGGACCCAGAGGGAAACCAGGGCCACCGGGUAGAAUUGGAGACAUUGGGAUACAAGGACCACCUGGGCCACCAGGACCAGAGGGCUUUCCUGGAGACAUUGGUGUACCAGGCCCCAAUGGCCCACCAGGACCAAAGGGUUUACAAGGUGCGAGAGGACCCCAAGGCCCGCCAGGCCCAAAAGGAGUACAGGGUGAUGAAGGUCCUCUCGGCCCUCCUGGCGGCAUUGGUACAACUAUAAAGGGGAGGUCCGGGAGAAAAGGCCAUGAAGGUGAGCCUGGACCUGAUGGCCUACCGGGAGAGAAAGGGGACACCGGAGGUGUUGGAAAAAUCGGACCACCGGGUCCAGUUGGCCUAAUUGGGAUAGCUGGGGUAAUGGGAGUUCCUGGUGAAAAGGGUGACCGGGGGCCACCAGGUCCUACAGGUCCUGUUGGAGAAAAGGGGCCCAUGGGUUACCCAGGAUCACCGGGAACUCCUGGGGAUAUUGGCAUGCAAGGUUUACCUGGUCCACAGGGACAGAGGGGCAGUCCAGGAAUCGCUGGGCCUAAAGGGAGAAGGGGGCCCAGGGGUCCAGAUGGCGCAACAGGAGAACCAGGACCUGAGGGCUCCAAGGGUGAAAAGGGUGAUUCUGGAACAAAAGGAGAACCAGGAUUCAUAGGCAAAGCUGGCGUUCCCGGAGAAAGAGGGCUUCCUGGAAAGCCCGGUAAGCCAGGUAUUCCAGGGGGCACUGGUGAGAGGGGACCUCAAGGGGAACCAGGACCUAAAGGGCCCACUGGGGAGCCAGGACCUAGUGGAGAGCAGGGACUUGAAGGUAUUCCAGGCAAAGAGGGAGGACCAGGUGCCAUUGGAGAGCCAGGUUUAAAGGGUGACAUUGGGCUUCCAGGGGCUGAAGGGGAACAGGGACAGGAGGGAAUCCGAGGUCCACCCGGUCGCCCAGGAGAAGAUGGCCCUCAGGGGAAAGGUGGAAUAAAGGGUGAACCCGGUGAGCGUGGGCCCUUUGGGGAGCCGGGGGAAAAAGGACAAGAAGGAGAUUCUGGUCCUCAAGGAGCAGCAGGAAUACCUGGAAAGCAGGGCUUUCGGGGACCAGAAGGAAAACUCGGUCCUCCAGGGAACAGGGGACGCCAUGGAAAGAAGGGGGAGAUGGGUCCUCCUGGUCUUGUUGGUGAGAUCGGUUCUCGUGGGGACAUCGGCCAACCAGGCGAGCCAGGGCUGAAAGGUGCCCGGGGAACUCGAGGGCCACCCGGUCGACCAGGAGCCAUGGGGGUUGAAGGACAGCCUGGACUGCCAGGAUAUCCAGGGCACCCUGGCAAACCUGGUCCGAUUGGACCACCAGGACCCAAAGGUGAAAAGGGCUAUCCUGGCGAGGACAAUACGACUCCAGGACCACCAGGGCCCUUAGGUGAACCAGGGCCUCCAGGAGAGCGUGGAGAACGCGGAGAGCCAGGAGACGAAGGAUACAUGGGUCACAUUGGUAUUUCUGGAGCUCGAGGAAGAGUAGGACCACCAGGUCCGCCGGGACAACCUGGUCAGCCUGGAGAAGCUGGUGUUAAAGGAGAAAAAGGACCUCCAGGCUCAGCUGGAAGGAAAGGAGCGAGGGGCCUGAAUGGAGCUCCUGGUGCUGAAGGCCCAGCUGGUUUACCAGGACUUAGGGGACUUAAGGGUUAUCCUGGGCCAGAUGGCCCGCCAGGACUGAUGGGGUUACAAGGCCUACCAGGAAAACAAGGAAAACAGGGUCAGAGAGGCUUGCUGGGAGAAGAGGGGCCUGCUGGACGUCCAGGUCCCAGGGGAGAAAUCGGACUGCCUGGAGUACCUGGAGAAAGAGGACCAUCUGGUCUGAAGGGAGAACUUGGCCUGCCUGGAGAAAGGGGAGUUCCUGGAAACAAAGGGAUGAAGGGGGCUGGAGGUGACCAAGGCAAGAAAGGUGAUCCAGGACCUAAAGGGCAGCCAGGAGAGCCUGGAGAUUUGGGAAUGAUUGGUUUACACGGCUUUCCUGGACUCAAAGGCCCGGACGGUGACUUGGGAAUGAGAGGCAUCCCUGGCCCUAAAGGUCCUGCGGGUUCCUUGGGAUUUGCUGGACCUGUAGGCCCUGAGGGAAUGAUUGGUCCAUUCGGCAAACCUGGCCCAAGGGGUCCAAAAGGAAACAGUGGAGAAAUGGGUCCUCAAGGACCGCUUGGAAGUCCAGGACCACAGGGCCCCCCAGGGCCCCCUGGCCCCACGAGAUACAUUUAUGAUGACUCAGAUGACGAUGCUGCCCUCAGGACAGAGGCUUUUCAGAAUAUUGAAAUGAGCUUGCCGCACCAAAAUAUGGAGAUACUUAAGACCCUGCGUUACCUGAGUGGCGUGAUUGAGAGCAUCAAGAAGCCUCUUGGCACAAAGGAAAAUCCUGCUCGUGUCUGUAAAGACCUCCUGGACUGUCGGCACUUACAACUCAAAGAUGGUUGGUUCUGGAUCGAUCCAAACCUUGGCUGUACUUCCGAUGCCUUCAAGGUCUUCUGCAACUUUACUGGAGGUGGACAGACUUGUUUGCACCCAGUGGCUUCCAAUAAGCUGGAAUUUGGGGUCGGGAAAGUCCAGAUGAAGUUUCUUCAUUUAUUGAGUUCUGAAGCAAGCCAAAAUAUCACGUUUCACUGUCUGAGCGAUCCGGUCAACAACACCAAAGACAAAUUCAGCUCCACUGGAUCCAUGCAAAGAGAUGAAUCUAAACCCCGGUUUAUUGGUUGGAAUAGACAUGUAAACCCUGACACACUACUUGAACCCACUCUGAUUCAGGAUGAGUGCAAGAUUCAAGAUGGCAGCUGGCACCAGUCACAUUUCUUCUUCCACUCUCAGGACAGUCGUCGGUUACCUGUUGUAGAAAUCCAGGAAUUUCCUCCUUUAAAGCUUCACUAUCAGCAACACAUAGAAAUUGGUCCUGUCUGCUUCCUCUGACCCCAACGUGGUUCUUUAACCAACUUAUGAACAACACAAGUCCAAAGACGCUCAAACACACCUUCCUUUAAAAGAGACGCUUCCUCAGUUAGAAUAAAGGACUGGUUCCAGGGAGCUGGGUGUUUUUUUAAUCAACAGAGUUAUUGAGACUUUGUGAGAGUAAUUAAUUCCAGGUGCUGAUAACUUAUACUUGGUGAAACAUUCAUGCUAGCCAGGCCAAAGGAGAACUGUGCUUACAGAUGUUUAUAAUCCCAGUGUAAACUACAGUUAGUCCCCAAACAGGGGGAAGCAUCUCCCAACAUAGCAGCCUAUCUAAAUUCCUAACCUUAAACAAAAAGCAGAGGCCGCACCAUCUUAUGCAGGAUUCAGACCAGAAGGAACAUGCCAGGAUUCUUCCCUCGGCACUGUCUUUACUACAGUGUAUAAAAGUGCAAUGGUUUGUGAAUCCUAUUUGACUGCUCUUAAAUACAGAGGCCCACCUGUGGCAGUAUUUUACCAGCCCUGUCUUUUUCUGU